AUGAUUUUUGUUUAUGCAGCUGUACAAUAUGACCUUAAAAUAGUUCCUGUCUUAGAGAUAUUUUUAACAAUAUACACGUAUAGCCCUAAAAUAGAAAGCAUUGAAGGAUGUGGUUGCUUCGGUUCUAUGACAAAACGCACGAUUGUAGGCGGAUGGGCGUGGGCUUGGUGGCUCGUGACCGACGUUCAACGCAUCUCCCUCGAGGUUAUGACAUUGAACCCUAUGUGUGAAUUUGUGGAGACUGCCCAGGGCGUACCGCUUACGGUCACCGGUGUAGCACAAUGCAAAAUAAUGAAUGAAGACGAACUUCUUACAACAGCCUGCGAACAAUUCCUUGGCAAGACAGUCAGGGAAAUCAAAAUGACGGUUCUACAAACUCUGGAGGGACAUCUUAGAGCAAUUCUCGGAACGCUUACAGUAGAAGAGGUGUACAAAGACAGGGAUCAGUUCGCGGGUCUUGUUCGCGAGGUUGCGGCACCGGACGUCGGACGCAUGGGCAUCGAGAUCCUGUCGUUCACGAUCAAGGACGUAUACGAUGACGUGCAGUACCUCGCCAGUCUCGGAAAGGCGCAGACAGCUGUCGUCAAACGGGAUGCCGAUAUUGGAGUUGCGCAAGCAAACCGAGAUGCGGGGAUCAGGGAGGCAGAAUGCGAGAAGAGCGCCAUGGACGUGAAGUACGCGAUGGACACCAGGAUAGAGGACAACACGCGAAUGUUCAAGCUACAGAAAGCACAGUUCGAUCAGGAAGUCAACACUUCGAAAGCCGAAGCCGCUUUGGCGUACGAGUUGCAAGCGGCCAAAAUAAAACAAAAGAUUCGAAACGAAGAGAUACAAAUAGAAGUAGUAGAGAGACGCAAGCAGAUUGAGGUAGAACAACAAGAGAUUGCUCGUCGUGAGGAGGAGCUGAAUUCCACGGUGCGCUUGCCCGCCGAAGCGGAGGCUUACCGUCUGCAAACCAUAGCGGAGGGCAAACGCACUCAAACAGUGGAAACAGCGAAGGCAGACGCUGAACGCAUCAAGGUCCUGGGUUUGGCGGAGGCCGCAGCCAUUGGCGACGUGGGUAAGGCGGACGCUGAGCGUAUGUUGGCGAAGGCCAAGGUGUACAAGCAGUACGGAGAGGCUGCCAUCAUGGCUCUCGUGCUCGAGGCCUUGCCUAAGAUCGCUGCGGAGGUGUCGGCGCCGCUGGCCAAGACGGACGAGAUCGUGCUGGUGGGCGACUCGGGCGCCACGGCGGACGUGGCGCGGCUCGUGGGCAACAUCCCGCCGGCCGUCAAGACGCUCACCGGCCUCGACCUCACGCAGGUCAUGAAGCGGCUGCACCCGCAGACCGCCACCGGUCAGUAG